AUGGAAACUCAGGAGCGGCUCCCAAGGAUAUUUCCCUUCCCUCACCUCUCAGUGGACGUGAGCGAUGAAGACGAGGAACUGGAGCAGCAUCCGUCACAGGCAGAGCCGACCAAGAGGAUGCCAUUCCUAGUGUCUCGUUCUCCUCUCCGCGACAACUCCGUCAAACCCGCGAGGGUACUCGACGAGCUCUACGUCACCAGCUCCGCCCUCUCCCAGCUAGAAACCAGCUUCCCGUACUUCCGAGCUGGGGAGGAGCAAGCGGGGAGGAACGGCUCUCCCCUUCCUCGCAGAGGCUAUCGAGUGCUGACGCCCUCGUCUCCCUUGCCCGGGCUGGACGAUGUGCUUACCGGCAGCUCGCUGCUCCUGCAGUCUCCCAUGAAGCCUCCGAGACGCCUCAGGGUCCAGGACAAGAUCAUGAUCCACAGGUUGAAGGAGCUACAGGAGGCGACCCUGAGGAGCAUCGAGCGCGAAGACCUCCCGUCCUCCCGCUCCAAGUCUGCAGAGCCGAAGCUCUCUUCCGCCAUGGCAGAGGAGGAGGCAGCGUCCCUACACACAGGAGACGCAGAGGAGAGUCUCCCUGCUCUCCGCCACCACCGCCAGCAGCCUCAGGCUCCUCCACAGCGAGCAGGACCCGUCGAGCCUGAUGCUGGUCUGCCGGUCCCUUGA